AUGUCCCAAGAGCCCUCCACCAGUGAGCGCCGAGAAGUCGGGGGCCUCGAAGAAGAUGCCGAAGAAGCUUACGACCCUUACGAGCACCGCUCGCAAGAAAAACUAGUAUCAGACGCUGGAUCCUGGGUGAACCUGGUGAAGAGCGCCGCUGGGACAGGGCUGUUCGCCAUCCCCAACGCCUUCGCGUGCGUCGGGAUGCUGGUGGGCGUCGUGGGAACGGUCGUCGUGGGGGUCCUCAUCACCGUGGCCGUCCAAUUCCUGGUGCAAAUUCACUAUGAGCUCUGCAUGCGACAAAAGAAGCCAGUCCUGGCGUACGACGAGGUCUGCGAAGUGGCCUUCUCAACAGGAGCUCUGAAGAGCAAGGUGGAUCCUGACGUGAUGGUGUUGGUACCCUAA